GACCAGUCGUCGGAGGCCGGAAGGCGCAGGGCGCAGGGCUCAGGCAGCCGGGGCGUCACGGUGCGACCUAGUUGCUUGUUGUACUCGUGCGUGUUUGCCUAUGCGGCUCUAACAUGCUGCGGAGAGGAGGGCAGCAUGGAUGGCUAUUGCCCACCAAUGAGCCCGCCAAAACAUUGGAGCAGAACCCAGCACGGCACAGCGUACGGAGGUUCAGCGGAAAAAGGACCAUGGGCGCGAAGGGUUUCACCCAACAGGGUGUGCCCGAUCAUGCCGAAGUUUGAUCGGUGACUAUGCAGACUUUCCACUAGGGUGGCCGAA